AUGGCGAACGCGGAAAAUCCUGGUCGAAGUGCUGCUGCAGGAGGAGGAAUUGCCGGUGCAAUCGUGCCGGCGGCUGUCGCUGCUGCUGGAGCUCCGCCACCAAACUUUGCCAUUGAUCCCUUCGACAAGAAGAAGUUGAAGUGGAUGCGGUGGGUGGAGCGGCUGGAAAAUGCAUUUGCCAUCUACGGAGUUGUCGACCCGGCGAUGCAGAAAAACCUGCUUCUGCAUCAUAUGGGGUCGGAAACGUACGACAUCGCCUGCGACAAGAUUGCGCCAGACACUCCCCGACAGAAGACGUAUGCCGAGAUCGUCGAUGCCCUGGAAGGAUUCUUCAACCCCCAGCCGUUGGAAAUUAGUGAAAAUUUCCGUUUUAAGUGCCGCCGGCAAGGCGAUUCGAAUGCGGCUUCGCCCGAUGAGACAGUCGACGAGUACAGUCGGAACCCGCUCUUGGUCUUCGGUAUCAAACGGAAUGACAUCCGAAGCCGGCUGCUAGAGAGGAGGCAGCUGACACUCCAAGAUGCCCGGGACAUAGCCGUGAGUAUGGAGCUUUCCCGGAAAGGAGGUGCGGAAAUCGAAGGGAACCUCGGCAAGCAGGAGGUAAACGCCGUGCACCGAUCGACUGGAUUCAAAGGUAAAAAAGAAAAGCAUAACAAAAUAAACGCUGGGGGAAAGUCUUUUUCUAAAGUGGGACAAAGUGCAAGCGAUUCUUCUUGUUUUCGCUGUGGGGAAAAGUCGCACUUUGCAAAUACGUGCAGGCACAAAGAUACCGUGUGUUCGUUCUGCAAACUGAAAGGACAUCUUGCGAAAGUGUGUAUGAAGAGAUCCGCCUCCGGGAGGUCGGACGCGAGCCGUGCCGGGAACAAAACGAAUGCGGCGCAAGCGAACUAUUUGCACCAAUCCGGCGACGGCGACGAUCGCGAAAGUACACAAGUGCGGGAAGUGUGUACCGUGGACACUAAACUCGGUGGUGCGCGAUUCUGGUUGGACAUGCGAGUGAACGGAAAGAACAUUCGGUUCGAAGUGGACACUGGAUCGCCGGUUAGUAUCGUGAGUGCGAAGUGCCGGGACAGAUACUUUUCCGAAUCGCGGAUGCGUGGUUGCACCACAAACCUUGUGAGCUAUUGCGGUACCAGUAUCGACGUACUGGGAAUAAUCGAUGCGAGUGUCGAAUACGGAAGUGGAAAACUUACGUUACCGCUAUACGUCGUGGACUCCGACAAACAUCCACUUCUCGGGCGCGAGUGGCUAAAUGCGAUUCCGGUCGAUUGGAACAGUGUACUCCAGAAUCCGGAUGCGGUCAACGAGAUUACAAAUGCUACUUCAACCCGUGCUGCUGCGCUGAAGGAGGUUUUGGGAAGAUUCCCGAAAGUGUUCGACGACUCCAUCGGGAAAAUUUGCAGUGUCCAGGCCAGCCUACCGUUGAAGAACAAUGCCAGGCCGGUGUUCCUGAAGGCGAGGAAGAUUCCCUUCAACUUGCAGAAGACGGUGGAGGACGAAUUGGACAAGCUCGAAGCGGAAGGAGUGCUGACGAAGGUGAACCAAAGCAACUGGGCCACUCCAAUCGUCCCGGUGAAAAAGUCCCAAGGCCGUGUGCGGAUUUGCGGGGACUAUAAACAAACGGUCAAUCCAAACCUGGUUGUGGACAGACAUCCGCUGCCAACCGUGGAUGAACUUUUUGCGUCGUUGGCUGGAGGGAAGAAGUUCUCAAAAAUCGACCUCGUUCAGGCCUAUCUGCAACUGGAAGUCGCCCCGGAGGAUAGAGAGAUACUCACCCUGAGUACUCACCGUGGCUUGUAUCGUCCAAAUCGACUGAUGUACGGCGUCGCUUCGGCGCCAGCGAUCUGGCAACGCCAGAUGGAAGUGAUUCUUCAGGGAAUCGAAGGAGUCAGCGUAUUUCUGGACGAUAUCAAAGUCACGGGCCCUGAUGAUGCAACACACCUCCGACGUUUGGAAGAAGUUCUGCGGCGACUAGACCAGCAUGGCAUUCGGGUGAAUAAGGACAAAUGCGAGUUUUUUGUGGAUCAAAUUGAGUACUGUGGCUAUCUCAUCGAUAAAGAUGGUAUCCACAAGAUACGGAAGAAGAACGACGUGCCGUUCAAGUGGACUAAGCAGUGCGAGGAAUCGUUCAGAAGCGUGAAGAACCAGAUGCAGUCCGAGAAAUGCCUUGCUCACUACUCGCCCGAUUUGCCGUUGAUCCUUGCAACAGACGCGUCACCCUAUGGCGUAGGUGCGGUGCUGAGUCACCUGAUGCCGGACGGAACGGAACGUCCGAUACAGUUCGCUUCCCAGACGCUCAACCGAGUUCAGCAAAACUACAUGCAAGUAGAUAAGGAAGCAUACGCGAUCAUUUUCGGCGUCAAGAAAUUUUUCCAGUUCCUGUACGGCCGGAAGUUCAUGCUGAUCACCGAUAACCAAGCGAUAUCCAAGAUAUUCGGAGAGCACAAGGGACUACCGGUGAUGUCAGCUCUUCGAAUGCAACAUUACGCAACCUACUUACAGUCGUUCGACUACGAGAUCCGUUUUAGGAAGUCUGCCGACCACGCUAACGCGGAUGCAAUGUCCCGGAUCCCUCUUUCUCAAGCAGAUCCGGAGAACGUGAUUGAAGAGGCCGACGUCAUCGAGCUUAACCAGAUCGAGACGUUGCCGUUGACUGCUGCGGAGCUGGCUCAGGCCACGGCCGAGGACCGGUCGGUGCGGAACCUCAUCCAAGGAAUUAAGCACGGCCAGCCAGUGGAUCCCAAAGAUCGCUUCGGGGUGGAACAAACCGAGUUUUCACUCCAGAAAGGUUGCCUUCUAAGAGGAAUACGCGUCUACGUACCGCCGGCACUGAGGAGGAAAGUGCUGGACGAGCUGCACUCUACCCAUUUCGGAACAACCCGGACGAAGUCAUUAGCCCGAGGAUACUGCUGGUGGGUAGGAAUGGACCACGACAUUGAGGACAUGGUUUCCAACUGCGCCGAGUGCCAAUCGGUCAGGCCGGAACCUGCGAAAACUAGACUGCACUGCUGGGAGACGCCGACGAUGCCGUUCCAGCGGGUCCACGUAGAUUUUGCGGGCCCGUUUCAAGACACGUACUUCUUUAUUCUGGUCGACGCGUACAGCAAGUGGCCGGAGAUAAAGGUGUGCAAAUCAAUCACGGCGGAGAGUACGGUGAACAUGUGCCGGGAGAUAUUUGCCACCUACGGAAUACCAUCGGUUCUAAUUAGUGACCAUGGUGUUCAAUUCACGUCGGAAACUUUCCAACAGUUCCUGCGGAUGAACGGUGUGGUACACAAAAUGGGAGCGCCGUAUCACCCAUCGACGAACGGGCAAGCAGAGCGUUACGUGCAAACCUUUAAACAAAAGCUGAAAGCUCUGAAGUGUCCGAAGUCUGAGUUCAACCUGGAGUUAUCAAACAUACUGCUGACCUACAGGAAGAUGCUGCAUCCGUCAACGGGCCAAUCGCCGUCAAUGCUGAUGUUCGGUCGUCAGAUCCGCUCAAGACUGGAUUUGAUGCUGCCGAAAAACGAACCGAAACCUGCUGAAAACUUGACCGUACGAGUGUUCCAAGACGGAGAUCGAGUGCGAGUGCGAGACUUCCUCUCGCGUGACAAAUGGAAAUUCGGAAGGAUCGUCGAGAAGGUCGGCAAGCUACGCUAUUCUGUGCGCCUGGACGACGGAAGAGUCUGGGAGCGCCACAUCGACCAUAUUGCUGGAGUUGGCGCGAACAUGCGUGAAGGUUUGGUGAAUCCCCCUAGGGAGGAGGUAUACACUGAACGAACACCAUCUACGAUUGCAGUUCCUGCUUCGGUGGCAACCGCUACUGAACCGCCUGAAGAGGUGACUACUGGUGAACGACCGGUGGUGCACGCUCAACCUACUGCGUCAACUGAGGCUGUUCCUGAACCAGAGCCGGGACCUUCGGCAACAAGGACGCCGCGAUCUGGUAAUGCCUCCCUGCAAACCAUCGAUAAGUAG